AUGGGAAUGAGAACCAGGGCGGUGCUUUUAAUCGGGAUUUCUCUUGUUGCGAUCAGCGGCAACGCGGUCGCGCAGAGCGCGUCUACCGCAAUGCCGAGCAGCAAAACCGAUGCCGCGAACGCGCCGACCGCUCAGGCGACUGCGCCUAGGCCAUCCCGCCCGGAGAUACCCGCUUCGGACCGCGACAUCAUCGUCACCGCCCCACUCCAGCAAAGCGAAACCGACGUCCUUCAGGGCACAUCGGUGCUGAAGGGUGAGGCGUUGACCCGAGACUUGCGCCCGUCACUUGGCGAGACGCUCUCGCGUCUGCCGGGCGUGUCGGCGACCUCCUUCGGCCCUUCGGCGUCCCGGCCCAUCCUGCGCGGUUUCCAGGGCGAGCGCAUCCGCGUGCUGACGGACGGUAUUGGCGCGAUCGACCUGUCCAAUACCUCCGUCGAUCAUGCGGUGGUCAUCGACCCGCUCCUGGCCGAGCGCAUUGAGGUGCUGCGCGGGCCAUCGGCGCUGCUGUUCGGCUCGUCUGCGGUGGGCGGGGUGGUGAACGUCAUCGACACGCGCAUUCCGCGGACCCGGCCCGAGAACGGCUAUCGGCUGAAUGGCAUCGCCACCUACGGCUCGGCCGCGAACGAGCGUUCGAUCGCCGGCGCUGCUGACGUGGCGGUCGGUCCCUACCUCGUGCUCCACGCCGACGGCUCGUAUCUCAAAGCCGACGACCUCAGGAUCGGCGGCUACGCGCUAUCGCCAGCGGCACGCGCUGCUGCGCUCUCGCAAGUCGGCUUGCCGCAAGACGUGGCACCAGGCAAGGACCCGAUCGACUUCGCGGCCUCCGCUGCUAUCCGAGGCAAGCUCCCCAACACCGCCGCCGAGACCUGGACGGCGGGCGUCGGCGCGUCGAUCAUCACCGACACGGGCCAACUUGGCGUAAGCUACAGUCGUUACGACAGCCUCUACGGCGUGCCGAUCCGCUAUGCGACCGAGGUGGGCCAGGCGCAGGAGUCGCCCCGGCUCGAUGUCAAGCAGGACCGGGUCGACUUACGCGGCGAAGUCGAGACCGGGGGCGGGUUCCUCGACCGCAUCCGCAUCCGCGCCGGCCAUGCCAGCUACCGCCAUUUUGAGCUGGAACCGUCCGGCGAGAUCGGCACGGCGUUCUACAGCAAAGGCACCGAGGGGCGACUGGAACUCCUUCAGGCAGAUCGCGGUGGAUGGCAGGGCGCGAGCGGUGUCCAAUAUUUCAACCGUUCGUUCAACAUCGAGGGUGUCGAAGCCUUCCUGCCCCGCAAUGAAACCAAUCAGACCGGCAUCUUCACGCUUCAGCAGUAUAAUGCGGGGCCGUUUCAUGCUGCGGCCGGCGCUCGUUACGAGUGGAGCAACCAGACCGCCAAGACCGUGGGCAGUGACCCGAGAUUCUUUGGCGGGAAGCGCAACUAUGGCGCGUUCUCCGGCUCACUGGGGGUCGGUUACGGCGUCACCGACGCGAUCCGCAUCGGCCUGAACGGUUCAUAUACCGAGCGCGCGCCGUCAGCCGAGGAGCUGUUCGCAAACGGGCCUCAUGCCGGCACACAAGCUUAUGAGCUGGGCAACCCGGACUUCCGGCUGGAACGGAGCUAUGGGAUCGAGGCGACGCUUCACGUUCACGGUGAGCGCCUGAGCUUCGACGCAUCCGCCUAUUACAACCGCUUCAACAACUAUAUUUCGGAGCAGCAGGUCGACCAGGCUGUAUGCGAGGCUGCGGCCGCACCGUCAGGCCGCGAGGUCGACCUGCCCUGCUUUCAGUACCAGCAAGCCGGCGCCAGCUAUUGGGGCAUCGAAGGCGAUCUUUCGGCCAAGCUGUUCGAGGUGGGCGGCACGCGCAUCAACGCCGACCUGCUCGGCGAUUAUGUCCGGGCCACCAUCAUCGACCGCGGCCCCGUGCCGCGCAUCCCGCCGCUUCGUCUACUCGGCGGUCUGGAGGCGCAGGGCGACAAGUUCACCGCGCGUACCGAGGUGGAGCGCGUGUUCAAGCAGGACCGUAUCGCCGACUUCGAGACCACUACGCCCGGCUACACCUUGGUCAACGCCAGUGUGAGCCUCAAACCCUUUGCCAACAGCAGCAGGACUUCGCUCUUGCUCAGCGCCAACAAUAUCUUCGACGUGGUUGCACGCCGUCAUUCUAGCUUUCUCAAGGACUUCGCGCCGCUCUCCGGUCGCGACAUCCGGGUCUCGCUAAGGUUCGGCCUCUGA